GCCGACGAUUUUCAGAGGGCGCCACGAGCUUCACUCGUCAUAAAAACAACAAACCACAAAACAGCUCGACACCAUCAGCUGUUUCAGCGUUUUAUUGUUUAUUUAUACAUAAAUUAAAUUAUUUUUUUCGGGAGAGUUUUGGCUCUCUGCUUGUAGAUGCCAAGUGUCAAAGAUGACUCUGAGCCCGAAGGCGAGGAAAUGUCUCACGACAGCAAUAACAGUGACCAGAGCUCUGCAUCCUGUGAUAGCAGUGCUGAACACAGUGACAGCGAUGAUUCCUCGGAGAUGGACGAGGAUGAGUGCGAGAGGAGGAGAAAUGAGUGUAUGGAAAAUCUCGUAGAUCUCGAGAGACAAUUUACACUCCUUAAAGAGCAACUGUAUCGAGAAAGAAUAACACAAAUAGACACAAAACUGAGAGAAGUACGAGUGGAGAAAUCGGAUGAAUACCUAGUGCCCCUGCAGCGUCUCAAAGAAAACAUGGAAACGAAAACAAAAGUGGCUGAUGUACUGAGAAAAAUGAGACUGGAAAAUAUCCAGAUAAAAUUUGAUGCUGAAGAACGUGCAGCUGAACAGAAUCUGCAGAACGAGAAGAAUUUACUGUGGGACUCGAUUCACAGCGAUCUCCAGGAGAAGAUACGAAGACUCGAGGAGGACAAGAAUAAUGUGGAUAUUCAUGCUGAUCUGUGGCUGAGCUCCACAGGUAGAAGACGUAGGAGUCACACUGAGAGGAGACGAGCCGUUUCUGUAGCUGGACCCUACAUCGUUUACAUGCUCAAUGAUGCAGAUAUUUUGGAGGAUUGGGCGCUUAUCAAGAAAAGUCUGAGCAGCCGAAAGGCAGAUAUUCUGUGAAUCAAGGGACACACUCGAUAUUGAUUAAUUCAUUUAAUCAUGUUGUUCAAGUGCAGAAAGUGUUGGUGACUAUUCAUUAUUAGGGGAUUGGAUAGAUGGAGAGAUAAUCAAUUUGAUUAUUAUUAAUUAGCCGAAAAGGUCCAAUUGCUGUUUCAAGACAAUUUGAAAUUUCAUUGAAAAUACAUUUUUGCAGAUUUUAAGGCA